AUGGACUUCGUUAACAAGCUCACCGGCAACAAGGAGGACUCUUCUUCGUCCCAGGCCCAGCAGCAGCCCGAGAAGAAAGAGUCUGGAGGCUUCAUGGACAAGAUCAACGGCAUGGCCGGUGGUGGUCGUGAGAGCGAGAAGCAGGAGGAUGGUCUUGAUAAGGCUGUCGACAUGUUCCAAGAAAAGGUUCUCGGCCAAGGCCCCCAGGACAAUGAGAGUGCCGCAGAGCAGGCGAAAGACGAGCAGAUCAGCGACUUCGUCAGAGGCCAAUACAAAAACACCACCGGAAAGGACUUCCCUAUCGCCGACAAGGACAAGAAGUACGGCUUGUAA